AUCAAAGGUGAUGUUCUUGUCUGUAGAAACAACUUAGGGCAGAAAUACAUUUCAAGUCUUCAAUCAAGCAGUUGCGAUUAUUUUCUACUUCAACCGAGAUGGAGUCUUUAGGGAUUGAUACGAAUCUAUGGGGUUUGAUAUGAACGGAAGCCGUUAACAGAGAAACUUUGAACAUUCAAAGCUAGGUCGUGAUAUUGGUUUACUGUGGUUGAAAUUGAAAUUAUGGGGUUCCUACAUAGUCCGUAAUUGGGUGCAAUUUGAAGCUCUCAAGAAGAAUUAAAAGCAUAGGUGGCCUUCUACAACAACAAUAUCAACAAAUUCCUGGGGAUUUGGUGUCCAAUCGAGUUCAGUCGAUGAGAGAAGCGAAGAGAUGAGGGUACUGUUGUAUUCGGGUUCGAUUUAGAAAAACAGAUGGGUUUGAUGUUUCGUAACAGCAAAACAUGGAAUUGAAGAUUAAGACAGUACAUCAUCAACAGAUAUACGGGGUUUGUUAUUGCUUGAAACUGGACAUGAAUGGAGGUGGUUGAGCAUCUACAGGAAGUAAUGGGAUUGUGCUAGUCUUGGUGGUGUUCUGUGAUUCAAAUUAGAGUUGCUGCCAUCGAUUCGUAGCUGUGCACGAGAAGUUAAGCAACAAAUUUUGGGGGAUUUUGAAGGUAAUUGAAUUGCAGGCAAUGGGUUUGAAGACUUCUACCACAGCAACGACAAGGGGUAUUAAGUGAUUCCGGUGGUUGAAAGUAAAGGUGUCCGAGAUGGGUUCUCACUCAAUCUUGGAGUUGAUUCAAGUUCUCUAACCAAUGGGUUAAUUUCAGUUGAAGUUGGUGGUUGUACGCAAAUAUGCAGAUCUGAAUGGACACAAAUAUAAAUGGAUAUGGAAUACACGGACUUCGGUUCCCAACAAGGAGGUGCAGAUAGUGGUACUUAUGUGGGUGUUGCUUCUGAGAAGUGGGUUUGUGGUUGUAGGCAGUGGAGAAGGGAUAUGAUGGUUACUGUUGAUGGGGAGUUUUGGUUGGUGUUUACAUUGACUGAAUUGGGAGAAAUUACAGGAAGAACGCUGUUUCUAUCGAGUCAAAUACAGGUACUUGACUUCAACUGUUGUAGGCAUGAAAAUAGGGUUGAAUCCAGACUACAAAUCAGAGAACAAGUCACGGCAGUGGUGUAUAAAAGGGAAGAUGAAUGAACCAGGAAGGGAGUAAGAUAGCUCUAAAGACUUUGCGACAUUAGGAGAUGUUACGGGUGCAGGGAAUCAGUGUCGUUGCUUCAGUUGUGAUUAGGCUGAAAUAUAGCCGAAAUCACAACCAUUUGGGUAACUUUGUAUUUGUUUCUUGUUUCUUUUGUGUAUGCAAUAUUCUAGGUCUGACCAAUUCAAUCGAUUAGUUAGAUUUCACCGUUUUGCUAAUAGGGUAUUAGAGAAUCACCCUAGUCAUCCAAUGGCAGGUGAAGCUGAGAGAUUAGCGGUUGAGGCUGAAGCUGCUAGAAUAGCUGUUGAAGCCGCAGCCAAUGCUGAUGGACAUGGAACCCUUAGGGAUUAUUUGCAGCCGGAAAGAACUUCUACACCUUCUUGUAUAGUUCUUCCGGCUAAUGCUGAAAAUGUGUCGAUUAAGUAUGGGAAGAUACAAGCACUGCCUAGGUUUCAUGGAUUGGACUCCGAGAGUCCAUACAUACAUUUGAAAGAAUUUGAUGAGCAGGUGAAAGUUAACAUUCCUCUCUUGAGUGUGAUUAAGCAAUUUCCAGCCUACGCCAAGUUCUUGAAGGAUCUCUGCACGGUCAAGAGGAAGCAUAAUGUGCAGAAAAAAGCAUUCCUCACGGAACAGCUCAAGUCACGAUGGAAAGACCCUUUUAAUGUUAAAAAUGAAUUUCGUGAUGGUACUGUUGACAUUCAAAAUCCUAAUGACAACAACAUCUUCAAGAUGUCUGGAUGGAGACAUAAAAUUCAGUGCUUUAGAGAGACAACCCUCUUCUGACGUGUUUGUGGGUAUCAUAGCUGGAAGCCCUCACAAGAAAAAACUCGUCCUCUUGUGCGAGCUUGAGGUUUAAAGUCUUGUUGCAUGAGCUAAAUGCAAUCGAACUGACCUGCGACAGUGGUAAAAUAAUAUAGUUUUAUUUUAAUUUCUUUCUUAUCUUUAUCAUGAAUGAUAUGUUUGUGCAUGAAUGAUUACCUGCCACAUUGGGGACAAUGUAGAAAUUAGGUUGGGGUGGGGUAAAUUAAAUCCAUGUUUUUCUGAUUAUCAGGUCUACAUUUUCAGGUUUCAUUGUUUGCUUGUACAUUUUAAUGCUUACAAAAAAAAAGUGAAAAUUUUAUAUG